AUGGCGACCUCAGUCGAAAACCGCAACUUCCGCCACGAGCUUGGUGUAUCCGCCGCUGGUGUUGUUCGUUCUGAGUCACCCAUCCGUGGAUUCAACUAUCCAGCUGCUGCUAGAGAGUUUAUGACGCCUAAGAAGCUUCCCCCUGAAACUUACGAAUCUAGUGACGAUGAGGAAGACGAAGGAGACUAUCGUGAUGCCAUUAAGAAGUCCAACUCCGAGUUGGAAAGCUCCGUUUUUGACUCCAGAGAUCAAGGCACUGCGGAUCAAUGGAUCGAGCGCAACCAAUCAAUGGUUCGACUCACCGGAAAACACCCAUUCAACGCCGAGCCACCUUUGACUAAGCUCAUGCAACAUGGGUUCAUCACCCCUGCUCCUCUUCAUUACGUCCGCAACCAUGGUCCAGUUCCGAACGCCACCUGGGAGGAUUGGACGGUGGAGAUAUGCGGUUUGGUUAAACGACCUGCGCGUUUCAACAUGACUCAGCUUGUCAACGAGUUUCCCAGCAGGGAGUUUCCGGUGUCGUUAGUCUGCGCCGGAAACCGUCGGAAAGAGCAGAAUCUGACGAAACAAACCAUAGGGUUCAACUGGGGCGCCGCCGGUAUCGCGACCUCAGUUUGGAAAGGGGUGCCAUUGGUCAGCAUCUUGAAAAGAUGUGGGAUUUACAGCCGGAAGAAAGGCGCGCUCAAUGUGUGUUUUGAAGGGGCGGAGAAUCUACCCGGCGGAGGCGGUUCCAAAUACGGAACCAGCAUAAAGAUCGAGGUUGCAAUGGAUCCGGCGAGAGAUAUCAUUUUGGCUUACAUGCAAAACGGAGAAAAGUUGUUGCCUGAUCAUGGAUUCCCGGUGAGAAUGAUUAUUCCGGGAUGCAUCGGUGGAAGGAUGGUGAAGUGGUUGAAGCGUAUCAUAGUAACGACGCCGGAGUCGGAGAAUUAUUACCACUACAAAGACAACCGUGUGUUGCCGUCGCAUGUGGAUGCGGAGUUAGCCAACUCCGAAGGUUGGUGGUAUAAGCCAGAAUACAUCAUCAACGAGCUCAACAUAAACUCGGUGAUUACAACACCUUGUCACGAAGAGAUUUUACCGAUAAAUUCAUGGACUACUCAAAGACCUUACACCCUGAGAGGCUAUGCAUAUUCUGGAGGUGGGAAGAACGUGACACGUGUCGAAGUAACAAUGGAUGGAGGAGAGACAUGGAACGUUUGUACAUUGGAUCAUAAAGAGAAGCCAACAAGAUAUGCCAAAUAUUGGUGUUGGUGUUUUUGGUCGUUAGAAGUUGAAGUUUUGGACCUUCUUAGUACCAAAGAGAUAGCAGUUCGAGCCUGGGAUGAGACCCUCAACACCCAACCAGACAAGCUCAUUUGGAAUCUAAUGGGUAUGAUGAACAACUGUUGGUUUAGAGUGAAGACCAACAUGUGUAAACCACAUAAAGGCGAAAUUGGCAUUGUAUUCGAGCACCCAACCCAACCAGGAAACCAGUCCGGUGGAUGGAUGGCGCGUGAGAAACACCUCGAGAUUUCAACAGAAUUAGCACACCCAACUCUCAAAAAGAGUGUAUCAUCUCCAUUCAUGAACACCACAUCUUUAACCUUCACCAUGUCUGAAGUCAAGAAACACACCUCCGCUGACUCUGCAUGGAUCGUCAUCCAUGGCCACAUCUACGACUGCACUUCCUUCCUUAAAGAUCAUCCAGGUGGCAGCGACAGCAUACUCAUUAAUGCUGGAACUGAUUGCACCGAAGAGUUUGAUGCAAUUCAUUCAGACAAAGCCAAGAAACUGUUGGAGGAGUACAGAAUCGGUGAGCUCAUAACCACGGGUUACAGUUCGGAUUCUGCUGCAUCAUCACCAAAUAACUCCGUCCAUGGUGCCACCAAUUACAUCGCGUCACAUUUAGCCACCAUUAAAGAAAUUACACCCACAAGAAACGUAGCCUUAAUCCCUCGUGAAAAGAUCCCUUGCAAACUCGUUUCAAAAACAUCGGUUUCUCAUGACGUGAGGCUAUUCAGGUUUGCCCUCCCAUCAUCGGAUCAUGUUCUUGGGUUACCAGUAGGGAAACAUAUAUUUUUAUAUGCCACCAUUGAUGAUAAGUUGUGCAUGAGGGCCUACACACCAACGAGCACCAUUGAUGAAGUUGGCUACUUCGAGUUGUUGGUUAAAAUCUACUUCAAAGGUGUGGAACCCAAGUUUCCGAAUGGAGGGCUCAUGUCGCAAUAUCUAGAGUCAAUGACACUAGGUUCUUUAUUGGAGAUCAAAGGUCCAUUGGGUCACAUCGAAUACAUAGGUGGAACGGGGAUCACACCGAUAUAUCAAGUGAUGCAGGCGAUCUUGAAGGAUCCAGAGGAUGAUACAGAGAUGUAUGUAGUGUAUGCAAAUCGAACCGAAGAUGAUAUAUUGUUGAGGGAAGAACUGGAUGCAUGGGUAUAUAAGUAUAAAGAAAGGGUGAAGGUGUGGUAUGUUGUUUCUAAGUCGAUAAGAGAAGGGUGGAAAUACAGUGAAGGGUUCAUCACCGAAGAUGUCAUGAGGGAACAUAUUCCGAAGGCUUCUGAAGAUACAUUGGCUUUGGCUUGUGGACCACCACCCAUGAUUCAGUUCGCAAUCAACCCUAAUUUAGAAAAGUUGGGUUAUGAUAUAAACAACUCUUUGCUUGUGUUUUAG